AAGUUUUGCGGGCCGGGUGCCGUGGUGCUCAUGCUGCCGGCCGGCUGCUCGCGCGGGCUCGUGGCCGAGCUGCAGCACGCCCUGGACACCUGCGCCGAGCGGCAGCGGGAGCUGGAGCAGAGCCUGCGCAUAUCCCGGCGGCUGCUGCGUGCAUGGGACCCUGUCGACUGCCCCGCUCCGGAAGCAACCCCAGGGUGCAAAACUGACCAAGAGCCCCCGACUCCAGCAUGCACGCCCAGCCCCCGGGAGCUGGAGGAGCUGCAGCUUCUGACCCAGGCGCUGGAGAAGGCAGCCCGCGUGCGGAGAGGCGCCUCCCGGCCCGGAGCGAGAGACAGGGCGCCCCGCCAGAAGGCAGGCUGCACCGCGGCCCCCGGCCGGCCAGGCCUCCGGGCAGCAGGGAGCAAGCCACCCCGGGACGGCCGCCAGCCUCCCCUGCCCAGCAGGACCGCUGAGCACAGGCCCCCGCGGGCCAGCCCUGCAGAGACCCCGGGCCCCCAAGCUUUCACGCUGAAGGACAAGGGGACCCUGCUGCGCCUGCCCGCGGCCUUCAGGACAGCGGCCUCCGCCAACUCCCGCCUGUGGGCCGAGCUGAAGUCCCAGGCCAGUGGGCACGCGGAUGCCGCCAGCGCCAGGGCCCAGUUCCUCCGGCAGAUGCCGCCUGCAACAGAUUCGGGCGCGGAGCCCGGCGCGGCGGAGGUGCGGCGCCUGCGCAAGGCCUGCUCGCUGCUGCGGCUGCGCCUGGGCCAGGAGCUCGCGGCAGGCCCCGCGGAGCCGAGGCAGGAGUACCGGCGCCUGCUCACGCUGGAGGGGCUGCGGGACGCGGCCGGCAGCUGUCUGCGCCGGCUGCAGGAGCUGCGCGCCGCCGCUGCCGAGCCUCGGCCGGAAGGGACAGCUGCCGGGGGCCCUGCCCGCUGCGGAGGGGAAGCUCAGCCGCCCUGGGACCCCCAGCUGCUUGUCUACUCCAGCCCGCGGGAGCUGCAGACCCUGGCCGCCCUGCGGCUGCACGUGGCCAUGCUGGACCAGCAGCUGCACCUCCAGGAGGUCCUGAUGGCGCAGCUCCUGCCCCUGCUGCGUGCCCAGCAGCCCUCGGGGCCCCCUGGGUUGGUGCUGUACCGGGCCGCACACAGCCUGCUCUGCGAGGGGGGCGAAUGCUUUGUGUCCACCCUGAGGGACGAGCCUGCCGACUGAGCCCGACGACGACCACGCAGCUCCGUGCAGCAGCUGGCAGAGCAGGGCUGGCCCUGUGGGCACUGGGAGGCAGAGCCCCGAGGGUCUCCCAGCCCUGUUCUCUCUCUCACUACUUAAAGCCACCAUGUCAGCACCGCCUUGAAGAGUGUCUGCGCUUCCGUCCUGGGAGGGCCCUGCUGGCUGUUUUCUUUCUUUUUGUUUCUCUGGAACAUGUUGGGGGCACAGAGAAAGCGCAGGGGCUAAGGUCCUUGCCUUGCAGGGGGCUCACCUGAGUCUGAAUCCCACCAUUGCCUACAGUCCCCAGCACUGCCUGAUGUGACCCCUCCCCCAAAACAAGCCAACCCACUGGGGCCUGAAACAGUAGCGGAAAUGUCUCCAGCACCAGUGUAGGCCCCGAGCACUGCCAGGGCUCACUCCUGGGCACAGAGCCCAUCUCUUCUCUGUGGAGGUGGAGGGGGCCUGAGGCCACCCCCAGUACCUAGAGCUUCCCCACGCUCCACAGGCACAAAAGCCACAUGCCUGCCCAUAGGUGGUCG